UGUGCUGGCAACGAAAGAACUACAGAAACGAGUGAGGCCAUGUCGCGUUCUGCCGUCAGAUUGCUUGUAAAGGAGCAGUUGCACUUGUCGGGCCACCGCCAUGCGACCGGCAGUCGUGGCCGAGUGGUUAAGGCGUCUGACUAGAAAUCAGAUUCCCUCUGGGAGCGUAGGUUCGAGUCCUACCGACUGCGUUUCCUUUUUGUGUCGAGAGGUGAAGAACAUCUCCAACGGAACCGUGGAACGUGCUGUAGUAUAUUGAGAGGUUGUAACAAUGGAAAAUUGUACUGAAAUGCAGGAGGAUCUGCAACGAAUUGACGCAUGGUGCAGGGAAUGGCAAGUGAAUUUCAGUGUGGACAAGUGUAAUGUGCUGCGAAUACAUAGAAAGAUAGAUCCCUUAUAAUUUAGCUACUAUAUAGCAGGUCAGCAACUGGAAGCAUUUAAUUCCAUAAAUUAUCUGGGAGAAAGUGUGGUGUCACCGCCAGACACCACACUUGCUAGGUGGUAGCUUAAAUCGGCCGCGGUCCAUUUAGUACAUGUCGGACCCGCGUGUCGCCACUGUGUGAUCGCAGACCUAGCGCCACCACAAGGCAGGUCUCGAGAUACGAUAGACCACUCGCCCCAGUUGUACGGACGACAUUGCUAGCGACAAUACGGACGAAGCCUUCCUCUCAUUUGCCGAGAGACAGUUAGUAUAGCCUUCUGCUAAGUCCAUGGCUACGACCUAGCAAGGCGCCAUUAGCCUUACCUAGUUUGAAAGUUAUCGUAUAAAUGUCUCACGGAGAAUGCUGUAUUCAUCAAAGAAUAAAAGAUAAGUAUUUGAGGAGCUGCAUACUUUUCUUAUGAGAAUUCACUACUUAUCCUGUUCCAGAAUUCACGCCCGUCUGCGUUAGAUAGCGUGCCUAUCGGCCCCCUCAAAAUAACACUGUGUCGGCACUUCUGUCGACACAUCAUUUGGCGACGAGGCUUAAAGGAAAAGUGUUCUUUCUGAUUGCUUACAUUUAUUUGUGUCAUGGCUUCGCCACAAUCUCCAGAUGUACUGUCCAAAUUUUAUCGCUUGCAGAAUCAGCAGACGCAGGCGUUACUGGAUGCCCUUGGACAGCUCAUCCAGGGUCAAUGUGCACUGCAACACGAUGCGGCAGCCGCCGCUUCACCGCUACCGCAGCCACAACUCGCAGUUGCACCGCCUUUUAGGCACUACGACCCGGCGCACGAAUCGUGGACAGAAUGGUCCCGACAGUUCGCCUUCCAUCUAGCCGCCUACAGAAUUCAAGCGACGGUGCCGUCCGGUCAGCGCCCUGGGGACCCAUCUACUGGCUCGCCUCAUCCCCAGGUGUUACCGACGAUGCCUUCCAUUUUGCCCCAUGGCGACGCGCCGCCGCAGCAGCCGCCGCCGCCGCCGCCGCCUGUUCUCCCGCCGGCGCCGCCCGCAUUCGACACUUCGCUGCAGCCGCCAAGCGCCUCCCUGGGUCACGCGCCGCCGAUCGCUUCCCGUGACCAGCCGUCCUCCGCCAUGGACCUCUUGCCCGCUCCGAACCACAUGACGUCAUCGCGCGUCAGGUACCCCGACGCAAUGGAGGUCGACCCUUCGGCCCCUCCUGUCUCAUUACGGGCGCAUAUGCCGCAUGUUGACGUGCACCCUGGACUAGGUUUUCAGGCGUUUCCUAGAUCCCCUCGGACCGAAUGGCCGGGUGCGGGUGGCACAGCCUCGCCUGUUGUUAGGCUCCCCACCUCAUCGCAUACGUCAACAUGGGGUCCUCCCCACGGCGGGCGGAAGCCUUAUCACACGACCGUUCGCCGAUUUGCGGAGGAGGAAUGUGGUGUCACCGCCAGACACCACACUUGCUAGGUGGUAGCUUAAAUCGGCCGCGGUCCAUUUAGUACAUGUCGGACCCGCGUGUCGCCACUGUGUGAUCGCAGACCUAGCGCCACCACAAGGCAUGUCUCGAGAUACGAUAGAGCACUCGCCCCAGUUGUACGGACGGCAUUGCUAGCGACAAUACGGACGAAGCCUUCCUCUCAUUUGGCGAGAGACAGUUACAAUAGCCUUCUGCUAAGUCCAUGGCUACGACCUAGCAAGGCGCCAUUAGCCUUACCUAGUUUGAAAGUUAUCGUAUAAAUGUCUCACGGAGAAUGCUGUAUUCA